AUGACCUCAUCUUCCCCGGGCGACGACACGCGCCGCCAUCUCGCAGCACUGCCAACCCAGCCAUCGAAAAACGUGAGGACGGGGGCUCGAGCCAAUCCCAGGCCAUUUCGCGGGGGAAGCUGCCGGUUCCGCACCUCAGCCGGUGACCUCCCGCCGUACUGGCAGUUUAGAGUUGGUGCCCGUUGUUGUUCGACCCCUCCGAAAAGACAAAGCGUCUUGGCUGUCGCCGUCACCGCCUUGCCCGAGGAUUUCUCGCCCAACCACUUGAGUCGCACUGUGCCGACACUUGUCGAUCGCUCCACGGCCGACAUACCCGAGCCAAUCUUUGCCGACAGCGAGGAACGAAUCACCGUUGUGUUACACCGUGUCACCUGCCGACCUUUUAUCGGGAGGAAAAAUCAGUCAUGGUCCCCCAACCCGAGCCGCGAUUUGUUCUCACAACGCCAGUCUGGCGGUGGCUCGCGCCGCGAGACACCAGAAGCACACUGGCACGUCGACCAACCCAGAGCUGGGACAAGCUCUUCGGAGCCGGAAACCUUCUGCACCAACAUCGCCGGGUACCCCUCCCUUUCCGUCAUCGGUCCGCCACAAGGAUUCGAAUCAAGGAAGCAGCUUACACUCGUCCACUGGGUAAGGAGGCAGGGAGGUAAGCUUGCCAACGGUGCCAAGUUUAGCGCUGCCAAGGCUAAAUCGAGACGGGUCGCGCCGUCCGAGCACGAAUCUGUCUGCUCACCGACCGGUCUAGCGAGUCUGGCCACGACAAAGGUGUGGGUCCCAGCCACCUGUGACAGCGGACAGGAUGUGUGA